UUAGAAUCUUUUUAAUUAAUGCUGUAAAACAGUGAUUCUUUUAAUCACUCUGUUAAAAUAAAUCGAAUCCGUCAUUGGAGUUCACCAUUCAUACUUUAUAGCAAUAAAUUGAAUCCGUCAUUGGAGUUCACCAUUCAUACUGUACAGCCAUGAGAAAAUGCCACUCCAUGGUUCACUAAAGAAAAGCUCGAACAGUGAGGGUUCCCCGUCUCCAAGACCAAACCGCACGUCGUGCCUUAGAAACAAACAUAAUAGGGAACAUAGCAAGGAUAGGGAAGAUUCACCAACAGACACACCACCGUUAUCUGCUGUGUCUCCAUUAUCAUCUAGAAGAAGUUCUUGUGAAGAGUUUGUGUUGUUCCCUAAUAUAGAACAGGUCACAGAUACGCAAAGUGUUGAUUUGUUAGAACCUGCUUCAAAGAAAGACGAAAAGAUGUCAGCAUCAUCGAAUGAAAGUGCUGGAUUCAACACAAGCAUGUCAAAGUCUUCAAUUUCUAUGAAGAAACAAGCAGGAGUGAAAAAGAAAGAAAAAUCCAAAUACAUUGUACUAGUUGUUGAUGACACAAGAUUCAAAGUUGAUCAUCAAGUAUUCGAAUCUCAACCUGAUACAAUGCUGGCUAAAAUGUUCAGUGCUUCCAUGAUGUUAGAACACGGAAUGACAAAACCAAAUGAACAUGGUGAAUAUGAAAUACCAGUCGGUGUGUCUGCAGAAGUAUUUAGAGCAUUAUUGGAAUAUUACACUGAAGGAUAUGUCCGAUGCCCUCCUGGUGUUCCGAUUAAGGAAUUACGAAGUGCUUGUGAUUACUUUCUCAUUCCAUUCAGCUACAACACAAUAAAAUGCCACAAUCUAUGUGCUCUUAUGCACGAAUUAUCUAACGAUGGAGCAAAACAAAAGUUUGAAAAAUAUUUAGAAGAAAGUAUUUUACCUGUGAUGGUCCAGGGUGCUGAGAAAGGAGAACGUGAGUGUCAUAUCGUUGUUUUAAACGAUGAUGAUAAUGUUGAAUGGGAUUCUGAUUAUCCCCCACAGAUGGGAGAAGAGCAGUCACAAAGUAUUCUUAGUACAGAGUUAUCAAGAUUUUUCCGCUAUAUUGAAAAUCGUGAGGUUGCGAAAGCAGUUUUAAAAGACAGAGGACUGAAGAAGAUAAGACUUGGAAUUGAAGGAUAUCCUACAUUCAUGGAAAAAGUGAAAAGAAGAAGUGGAGGACGCCAGGAAGUUAUAUAUAAUUACGUCCAACGCUCCUUUAUCAGCUUGUCAUGGGAGAAAGAAGAAAGCAAGUCAAGACAUGUCGAUUUUCAAUGUGUUAUUAAAAGUAAAUCCAUCACAAAUCUUGCCGCCGCUGCCGCAGAUACCCCUGAAGAUCAUGGCUUGGUGGAGCUUGCUCAACAAGAGGGUGUAAACGGCCUGGAUGGGGUUCCUAUCCCUCCUCCACCAUCAAGAGAAGAACCAUAUUAUCCUCCGCUCGGACAGGGUGCUGGGGAAUAGCUAGGUCAUGUCAGACAUACAGUACAGUAUUGCUAUUGAGCUCAUCAAUUGUGAAGAGUUGUCAAAACAUUUCUUGUAUUUUGUUUGAUAUGGAAUAUGGCAUUUUAUUAAUUUGUGUGAAAAUUUAAAUUUGUGAAUCUGAGAUGAACAGUACUAAAAUGGUUUAAAAUCAUACUCUAAAACGGCCGUUCUAUUAAACUUCCUUCCAAUUUAAACUUAAAACAAUGGACUGUCUGUCGGAACGUGAUAAAGAUUUCUGUGUAAUUAUUUCUUUAUUUAGUAAUUUCUUCUUUCAUUUUCAAAUGUGAAAAUUUUUCUGCUAGACAUCCAUUUUUUGUUUUCUUAAUGAUUUUUUUAUGCCAUGUGUUACGCUUGCACUCCCAGUCUUACAUAUAAAUAAAUAUUUUCUCUAUUUUCUGUGUAAUCUGUUUGUAUAUUUAUAUACUUUUAUUCAAUUAUACAAAAUAUCUAUUUGGGUGAUCUGUCAUCAAUAGUCUCCUCUUUUGUUGAAGUAUAGCUUUUGAUGCCUUUUGCUUUAUGUUAAACCAAGCAAGCAUGUUGGUGACCUUUACUACUUCGGGAUGAUCCAUAUAUGUAAUUUUUGCAAAUAGCAGUACGAUUUGAGAACAUAGCAAAUAUUGUAAAAACUCUGUUAUUUCUGUGUUUGCGACUAUUAUUUGUUGGCAUCUUUCAACUGUGACUCCUCACUAUAUGUUAAAUCAGGGGUAUGCAACUUGCAGCUCAAUAACCAGACUGGCCUCGUGGAGCAAUUGUGUGUGCCUUUAUUCCUCUUCAUAGUACUAAUCAGUUCGCGAACUGGUGCCCCACCUGAUACCUGUAUAUGUAUUUGAACUCAUAUGAUAAAAGGAUGCACACUCUCUUGCGUGUGUUUUAUUUAACAUAAACAAAGUUGUAUCAUUUUUUUAUUUGAUUAAUUAAUCAUCCAUUUUUUAUUUGCAGGAGCACAAUCUGGUGGCAAAAUUUCAUUUUUUUUCUCAUAAAUGUGAUUUUGCUCUCAUAGUGGUAGUUUUGAAUCAGUUCACAAAUUUUAAUUUCUAUACCUUAUGAAUUCUAAUUAAUUUUGAGUGUAAGGCCCAAUAGAUAUUCUGACUAAGUUAAAAAUUCGGCCCUUCAGAAGUGUGUAUGUACCAAUAUGGAGGUGACUAAUUUUGUACGGCUACUUCACAUCAAGUUGUGUAAAGGGACGGAAACCUAUGGCAGGGGCAUUCAUUUGGCUAACACAGACAGUUCCCGAUCACGUACUAAUAUAACUAAAAAAAGGAAAAUCGGAAUAAAAUUAUGGCCUAAUCCUAACCUGGUACACACACUACCGGAGUACAAAAAAUUCCUUCCAUUCGGUCUAUAAUGUCACUCCGCAAAAGAGUAUGAAUAUCUUUUUAAUUUUGAUCCUUCUCAUAACUAUAUAUAUCAUCGUGGUGUUCUCUAAUUUUCAAGAUUCAUUUCCAGAACUUUAUUAUUAAUUGUUAGUGCAAUUUUUUUUCAUUGUUAAAUAGGUGAAGUAUGGGGAACAGUGGGGCAGUAUCAAAAGUAUUGUAAUGAUAUCUACAGCAAAAUAAACAUGUUUUUGCACAAUUUUUGUUUUGUAAUAUUUUGCAAAUCAAAAAUGUUAAGUAGGUUCAUUUUUGCUGCUUAUGUGGAAUAAAUUAUACAUUGAAAAUAGCAUUAAA